AUGGAUUUGAAGCCACAGCAUCAACAGCAGCAACAAAUUCCACCCGCCGUUUCCGAAGGAGGCGGCGCGGCGAAACCCGCAACAUCGGAUCUGGAACCGACUGGCGGCGCGCGGAAUGACCCCGCGUCGGCUCCUCCCGUCGCGGAUGAUCGUGCGACGAGCCCUGUGCCGUCCGCCGCUACAGACGCUCGCGCGACGAGGCCCGGCAGUGGCGGGGGCGAGCCUGCUACAGACGCGCGCGGGGCGAACGCCACGGGGUCCGCUGCGCCCGAAUCCGCCGCCGCGCACAGAGACGCUCCGCAACCGCACGCGCAGGCGCAGGCGCAGGGCUCCCCGCAGGGCGCGCUGAGCGUUCCCCACGCGCUGCUGUCGGACUUCGCGGAGACGGGCGUGCUGGAUCUGGCGCACGACCUCGGGAUCAUCCCCGCCUCCGCCCACGCGGAUGGGCCGAAACCGUCGCCUGCCAAUCCCAUUUGCUCUGCACGCACGGCAGCAGCAGGGGGCACGGCAGAGAGCUGCACUGACAGAGAGUCACUUCCCCUUCUCUUCCCCCCUGUUCCCCCAACCCCGCCCACCCUUCUCCCCCCCAUCCCCCCACCUCCUGCAGUCUCCCCUCCCCCCAAGCCAAUACCAUCUGCUCUGCAGUCGCAACAGCAGCAGGGGCAGCAGGGAGCAGCAGGGGGGUGGGCGGAGACCUCUCUAGGAGGGGGAGUGGCAGGCGCAGGAGCAGGGGGCGCAGGGGGAGGGGGAGGGGGAGCAGGGGCGCGGUCAGUGGAGAGUGGGGACUCCACUGACCGUGGUCGCCUGGGGGGCGCUGCCCCCGCUGCUGCAGGGGGGGGUGGGGGGGGCGGAGGGGGCGUGGGCGGAGGGGGAGGAGCGGGGGGAGCAGCAAGUGGGGCGUCGGGACUGGGGAUGGGGAUGGGGGCGGGGGUAUCUAUGGGCAUGAGCAUGCUGCCAGGGGACGAGUAUGGGGCGGAUGGCGCUGCGGCUGAUUCCUUGGACCCCAAUGACGCCAAGCGCAAGCGGCGACUGCCCCGGGCGGCAGACAGAGGCAAGGGGCUCAGGCAUUUCAGCAUGAAAGUGUGUGAGAAGGUGGAGUCCAAGGGGCGCACCACGUACAAUGAGGUAGCAGACGAGCUCGUGGCGGAGUUCACAGGGCUGCAAGGCACUGCCAGCCUGCCUCAAGACCAGUACGACGAGAAGAACAUACGGCGGCGGGUGUACGAUGCGCUGAACGUGCUGAUGGCGAUGGACAUCAUCUCCAAGGAGAAGAAGGAGAUCAAAUGGAAGGGCCUCCCUCCCUCCUCCGCCUCGCACCAGCUCCUCCUGGCGGAGUCAUCACGCGUGCGCAGUCGGGUGGAGAAGAAAGCGGCUCAUCUCGAAGAGUUGAAGGAACAGAUGGCCGGCAUCGAGCGUCUCAUGCGCCGCAACGAGGCCAGCAGCCAACAGGGGGGCCCACCUGCGGGCGGCGGGGUGGCGCUGCCAUUCAUUCUCGUGCAGACCCGGCCACAGGCAACAGUGGAGGUGGAGAUAUCAGAGGACAUGCAGCUCGUGUCCAACCUCCUCUUCUCCUUCUCUCCCUCUCUCCUCUCCAUGUGCUGCUCCCCUGGGCUUUACGUGCUGCGCGCCAUGGGGCUCUGCACGCCUCCCCUCUCCGAUGUCUUCCCGCCCUCCCCGGCACCUCCUGCUGCUGCUGCUGCGCCUCCCCUUGCCUCCACAGCCACCCCUCCACCGCCCACACUGCCACAGCCCGUUACGCAACCCCAGCAAGCUCAGCAAGUGCAGCAUUCGCAACAGCCGCCACAGCAGCAGCAGCAGCAGCAGCAGCAGCAGCAGGCAUCACCAGGAGAGGGCGCACUGACACCCACUCAGGCUGGCGUACAGGCUCAGCAACAGCAGGGGCAGCAGCAGGGGCAGCAGCAGGGGCAGCAGCAGGGGCAGCAAGGAGCAGGGAGCGGGCAGGCACAUAACCAGCAGUCAGCACUCUCCCGCGCAGAGGCAGGGACGGCAGCCCCUACAAAUGGGGGACCAAGCACAACCACAGGAGCUCCCACGGACGGGGCACCACCUACCAGUAGUGUGGCGCCCAUGGGUGGCGCUGCAGGUGCCAUUGGUGUGGGCAGUGGCGUGACAGCCGCAGCAGGAGGAGGGCCGGUGGGUCCGCCUGGGAGAGCAGACCGUGUGAUCUACUCUCCGCCUCAGCAGCAGCAGCAGCCGCAGCAAUACCAGUCAGCAACGCCGGUUGCAGUUCAAGCAAUGGGCGGGGCUAUGAUUGCCCCAGGGCACAUGACACCUCAGUUCCAGGCACAGGGAUCGCCAGCCAUGCAGCAGCAGCUGCCCCCACAACAGCAGCAGGCACAACAGCAGGUGCCACAGCAAGGGAUGGUGGGGAUGGUGGGGAGUGCGCCUCAGAUGCAAAUGGCAGGAGGGGGGGUGAUGGGUGGGAGUAGUCUUGCUUACCAAGCAGGGGUUGCAGGUGCAGCGGUGGUGCCAAUGCAGGGGCAAGUGCCGGGGCAAGGGGGGGCGCUGGGGGAGAUGCAGCAGAGUCAGGGGGGGGAGUAUGGGCAGGGGCAGGGGCAGGUGCAAGGGGGCAUGGCAGGAGAGGCGAUUGGGGAGGGUGGGGUGGCUGGAUCGGGAGCAGGCGAGCACAUGCAAGGGGGGUAUUAG